CUCACUUCUCCCCUCUUUCUCCAAUCUUCUCCCAUCUCUCUCCUCUUUUGCUUCUCGCCGCCGAACUCGCCAAAACCCCUCGAAAACCCUCGCUUCCCACCGGCUCCAUGCGCCGCUUCCGGUCGCCGGCGACCGUCAUUGCCGCCGGGGCCGCGGCAGCGGCGUCGUUCGCUGACGUCGCCUACGCGGAUGGCUACUCCUUCUUCCGCCGUCACUCUGCCCCUCCUCCUCCUGCUGCUCCCGACGCCGACGCCGCCGCCGCCGCUUCGGGGGACUCUGGCCAGGAGACAACCACCGAAGUCGAUUCCAGUGCCAGCGGGUUCGACCCCGAGAGCCUGGAGCGGGCGGCCAAGUUGCUGCGGAAGCUCAACUCCUCGAAACACGCAAAGCAGCUGUUUGAGGUGAUGCGCUUGCAGGAGAAGACCCGGCUCGCGGAGCUAGAGGCCGAGAAGGUUCAGUUCGUCAUCCAACAGCAUCUCAGGGACAUUGAGAGGCAACGGAAAGAAGGUGAAAAAUUCAGAGAGAGUUUGCAGCAGCAAGCUCAAUCAGAGGCACAAAGGUUACGCUAUGAGGACGAAUUAGCUCGGAAAAGAAUGCAGACAGAGCGUGAAGCACAAAGGCGACAGGAUGCAGAACUUGUGAAGAUGCAAGAGGCGUCUGCCCUCAGGAAAGAAGAAGCUAGGCGUGCCACAGAAAAGAAAAUUUUAGAACAGAUGCUGCAGAAAGAUAAAGAAAAGGCCGAAUUAGAUCGUGAAAAUAUCAAAGAUAAAGCUAAAGCACAAGGUGAAGCCCGUGCGCAUGAAAAAAAGCUUUUAGAAGACUACAACAGAAGGAUGCUUUUGGAUCAGUUAAAUGGCGACAAAGAGAAGUGGAUUGCUGCAAUAAAUACAGCUUUUUCACACAUCGAAGGCGGGUUUAGGAUGCUGCUGACUGACAGGAGUAAAUUACUGAUGGGUAUUGGAGGAGUUACUGCAUUGGCUGCUGGAAUUUAUACUACCAGGGAAGGAGCAAAGGUAACAUGGGGUUACAUUAAUAGAAUCUUGGGUCAACCUUCACUGAUCCGUGAAUCAUCGAUGCCAAAGUUCCCAUUUUCAAGGUUUAAGGUUCUCAAACCUACUUCCUCAUCCCUGUCAGAAGGUGCAGGCUUUGAGAAUGUUAUUCUUCAUCCUUCACUGAAGCGGAGGAUUGAACAUCUUGCACGAGCUACUGCAAAUACAAAGUCACAUGAUGCACCAUUUCGCAACAUGCUGUUCUAUGGCCCCCCUGGAACUGGGAAAACUUUAGUCGCUAGGGAGAUGGCACGGAAAUCUGGCCUGGAUUAUGCCAUGAUGACGGGGGGAGAUGUUGCACCCUUAGGAUCAGAGGCUGUUACCAAAAUCCAUCAAAUUUUUGACUGGGCUAAGAAGUCAAGGAAGGGCAUGCUACUUUUCAUCGAUGAGGCUGAUGCAUUCUUGUGCGAGCGCAACAGCAUCCAUAUGAGUGAAGCUCAGCGGAGUGCUCUCAAUGCACUACUGUUUCGAACUGGAGACCAGUCAAGGGAUAUAGUCCUUGUCCUUGCAACAAACAGACCUAGUGAUCUUGAUGCUGCUAUUACGGACCGUAUUGAUGAAGUAAUUGAGUUCCCCCUACCUGGGGAGGAGGAGCGGUACCAGCUGCUCAAGUUAUACCUGAACCACUAUAUGCUCAAGGAAGAUGGCAAAGACUCGUUUUUGGGCUCACUGCUGAAAAAGCAGCAGCAGAAGAUCCAAGUUAAGGACAUAACUGAUGAUUUGCUCAGGGAGGCUGCCAGGAAGAUCAAUGGAUUCUCUGGCAGAGAGAUUGCUAAGCUUAUGGCCAGUGUGCAAGCUGCUGUUUAUGGCCGCUUGGACUGUGUGUUGGACCCCCAGUUGCUUAUGGAGGUAGUUGAAUACAAAGUGGCUGAGCAUCACCAGCGCAUCAAGCUUGCUUCUGAGACUUCAACUUGAGCAAUGUUACUGAUUUUCUCAGAAAGCAGCAGUUUUCCUAAUAUCUAGUCCCAUAUGUUCUGAUAAUGAGGAAUAUAGAGAGAUAUUAGUCAGCUUUCUCCAGCUGACUUUGACGUUAGUUGAAAUCUAGAGCUAGACCGGAUGCUUAAUUUUUUUUAAUAUCCUAGGCUUGUCCGUUUCAAUUUUGUUCCAUCUCUUUGCCUGUAGCAUAUUUACCGUGAUUUUUAUGGAAAGGUAUGCGCAUGCUGGAAAUCUUAUUCAAUUCUGUUUCAUUUUAUUAGAAGAUAAUGAUAUGGAGCCUUACCGAUGG